AUGUCCGGAUUCGCGGCAGCGGGUCUCGGAGCCCUCGCGACUAUUAAAUCUAGGGUUGAUGGAAAGCUUGCUGAAAUGCGUAUUGAGAGAAGAAACCAGCGAGGAUAUGAGGAGUUUGCGAUGCCGAACAAUGAGAGCGCUAAGGAGAACAUGGGAUUUGAGCAAGACCGCGAUUUGCAGCCCUGUGGGUCCCUCGACUCGCUGCCAGAACCUGAAAGACCGCCGUUACGUCACAUUGACACAUAUUGUAUGCCCGAGUGUCCUUGUUUAUCCAAGAGGUACACGAUCGCCACCCUCGCAUGCUUAGGUUUUGUUAUCUCUUUCGGAAUGAGGUGUAACAUGAGCAUGGCCAAAUUGAUAAUGAAAAACGACACAAACAGCGACGGACAGCCCAAGUUUAAUUGGACUGUGGGUACCGAGGGCUUGCUGGAUUCCUCAUUUUUCUGGGGAUAUCUUGUCACCCAGGUGCCUGGAGGAUUUUUGGCCUCGCUCUAUCCUGCCAACAGAAUUUUUGGAAUAGCUAUUGCUGCCUCCUCAUUCCUUAAUCUUCUUGUACCUGGUGCUUUGUCCGUUCAUGCUGCUGUUGAUAUGUGUGUUCAAGUUCUUAAAGGACUUGUUGAAGGAGUGACUUAUCCAGCUUGUCACGGUAUCUGGAAAUACUGGGCACCGCCAUUAGAACGAUCAAGACUGGCAACUCUCGCUUUUUGCGGUUCAUACGCGGCAGUUGUUAUUGGAAUGCCACUUUCUGCUUUACUUAGCAGUUCUUUUGGUUGGCAAGCAUCUUUUUAUUUCUACGGUGUUUGUGGAAUAAUAUGGUACUGCUUUUGGCUCUGGUUAUCAUUUGAGCGGCCAUCAAAACAUCCUUGCAUUUCCUCCCGGGAAUUGCAUUACAUAGAAGACUCUUUGGGAAAAGGACUGAACACUCAACCAAUUCCCACAUUUUCCUCAACUCCAUGGAAGAAAUUUUUCACCUCCAUGCCGGUUUACGCGAUAAUAGUAGCAAACUUCUGUCGAUCGUGGAAUUUCUACUUGCUGGUGCUGUUCCAGGCGCGGUUUAUGCAUGAAUCAUUUGAUAUGCCCUUAGUUGAGACCGGAGUGGUUGGCUCGCUGCCUCAUUUAUUAAUGACGAUAAUAGUACCAUGCGGUGGAUUGCUGGCGGAUCAUUUGCGUAAGACGGGAAGAAUGACUACGACCAAUGUAAGAAGGUUGUUCAACUGCGGAGGGUUCGGAAUGGAAGCGCUCUUUUUCUUGGUGGUUGCAAACGCGACCACUCACAAUAACGGAGCUGGUGCGACGAUCGCCCUGGCGAUCGGGGUGGCCUGCAGCGGGUUUGCUAUUUCUGGUUUCAAUGUCAAUCACCUUGACAUCGCUCCACGGUAUGCUAGUAUUUUGAUGGGGAUGUCGAAUGGUAUUGGAACAAUCGCUGGAUUGCUUGUUCCUUUCUUCGUCGAUACUAUUACUAAAAAUAAGGAGCAAGGAAGUUGGAACCCACUGGACGAUCUCGGUCAAAACAAGCCACCAGUUCCGCCACCACCCAAAGUUAUGCAAUCCGACUUCAUUAAGCAACCAUCAGUAGACGUAAAUGCAGGGUGGAACGACGGCGGACAAACAGAAGCUAGCUCGUAUAGCAGCCAACCCGUAAUUAAUUACGGAUCAACGACAAACGCUACGAAUCCCUUUCAUUCGUCAAAUCCUUUCGCGAGCGAUGUUCAUGAAACUCAAGUCCAGCCGCCUACGAUCGACGAUCACUCUCAUGAUGUCACCCAACAGCAUCAGCAGUGGGAAUAA